AGCAUCUCAAGAAAUGAAACUGAAAGCCACAAGAAAAUUAAACAUUUCCACUGCACAAGAUGCAAUCUAUGGUCGAAAUUCAAAGCAAAUACAUGUGAGUGUAGAAAUUAUUCUCUGAAUACUCACUGCAAAUUGACUUUUCCAAAUCUCCAAAGAAAGUCGGGUCCCUGGCAUUCACUGAGAGUGUGCAGUACCAGGCACAGAUCCUUCUCAUUUCACAUGAAGCCUGCAAAGCAACUUCCUUUAUUUUAUUUUAUUUUUCAACAUCUGAAUAAUAGUUUAAAAGCAGAUUAAGUUUUUAUGUUAAAGACUUUACUAUAACUGUUACAGUCAUGAGAACAGAGCAAGUGAAUAAAACAGCCGUCGUGGAAUUCAUCAUUCUAGGUUUCCAAAGUAUCCCGGCAGUACAGUUUACCCUCUUCUUGAUGUUUCUAGUGAUCUACAUUACAACUGUGUUAGGGAACCUCCUGAUCAUGGUGCUGGUUGUGACUGAUCAUCACCUUCACAAUCCCAUGUUCUUUUUCCUGGGGAAUCUGUCAUUCUUGGAGACCUGUUACACUUCCACCAUCCUGCCCAGAAUGCUGGCGAAUUUCCUGACAAACAAGUACGCUAUUUCACUUCAGGGUUGCUUUUUGCAGUACUUUUUCUUCACUGGGCUAGCAGGUGCAGAAUGCUGUCUCCUGACUGUCAUGUCUUAUGACCGGUACAUCGCGAUAUGCAAACCAUUACAUUAUACAACGAUAAUGAAUAACCGGUGCUGCCUCCAGCUAGCAAGUGUCUCUUGGGCUAGUGGGCUGUUGGCUAGUGCCACAGUCACCUCUCUGAUGCCACAGCUAACGUUCUGUGGCCCAAAUGAGAUCGAUCAUUUCUUCUGUGACUUCACACCAGUGGUAAAGCUCUCCUGCAGUGAUACCCAUUGUAUUGAGCUUGUAGAAUUCAUCUUGGCCUCCCUUUUGACACUACCCCUGUUUCUCUUGACACUCCUAUCUUAUGUGUACAUCAGCAACACUGUCCUCAGGAUCCCAUCCUCCGCAGGAAGGCAUAAGGCUUUUUCUACUUGUUCUUCCCACCUCACUGUGGUGACGCUUUUCUAUGGGACCUUGAUGGUUGUGUACUUGGUACCAAAGUCAAACAGGCUGAGAGACCUCCACAAAGUGUUCUCUGUCUGCUACACGGUUCUGACUCCACUGGUCAAUCCCCUCAUCUACAGCUUAAGGAAUAACAACAUAAGGAAGGCUCUGAGGACAGCAGUGAACAAAUAUAGCAUUUUUCAUAAGGCAUGAACAAGCUCCUGUCAAUGAUUAUGUGAAACUGAAAUAUCAGCCUUUAGAAAACUUCUCAUCUGAACCUAAAGUUGUCUUUUUUCUUGAAAAGGAGACAAAAGGAAUCAUGUAAGGAAGCGCACUGGCUGCUGGACUCUUGUGGCAGCUCCUUUUAUUGGACUAAUUAAUGUAUGCCAACAUCAUAGAGCCAUCAUCAUGAAAUCACAGAACGGUUUGGGCUGGAAGGGACCUUAAAGCCCUGCCUCAAUUCCGUGCCCCAGUGUAAAUUGCAAACGGCUUAACUCACGAAUUUGUGCAAAACUGGUUGAAGAACAGGAAAAUCCCUCAGUGUUGUGAACAGAUUCUGCCUUUAAUGGUAAGCAACAAAGGGAUUGAUAUAAUUCAAGGAACCACGUCAUUUUAAUCUGAUGAGAAAAGCCAUGCUGAGAUGCUUGUGCAAGCCAAGACUUAGUGCUGGCUACUGUCCAAACCCCUAAAGAAAAUGUGUACAAGCAAUCAAAGUUGCUGUCUCAGAUGAUGUUAUCACAGACUUGAGCACAUUUCCAUGUCAUUCCUUCCUUCAACUCUCAUAAAGAUGCGUUUCUAAAUCAUUUUCUUUUCCUCAUAAUUUCACAGGGGAUCUUCCAAAGAAACACUGCAUUCUUGAUGGAAGCUUUCUCCAAAAAGUCGAAGUGGGAUAAAAAAGCAGAAAGAAUUCAUGAAGAAGGGUUAGCAG